AUGAAGCGAGAGAACGCUCUACUUCAGAUGGCUGGAUCAGCGAAUGGUAACUUUACUAAUCGAGGCAAGGCCAACACUCAACAUCACUCAAUCAUACUAAUUGUUGGAGGCUCGGGAAUUGGAAAGACUCGAGCUGGCUACGAGGUAUCACGUCUGUCUGACGAUCUACUCAAGGAGGUAAGCUACUCAAACCAUUCCUUCAUCCAGUCAAUGCAAGGUGCCGUCUACGUCUACCUGAAGUUCACCAAUGGUAUCUCAUACAAUGAUCACAUCGAUGUCAAUGUGCGAGAGUCUGUUCGAAUUGGAGCGCGACUGGCAGUGUCGCUCAGAAUGUUCAAUAUUGGCAACACUCCGCUGACCAGUCUCACACAGAUUGUUCAAUGUGUAGACUACUUUGACCUGGACAACAUCGUGACACAGCUCAAACAGGUCAUACGCUCAUCAAGACCAGUCUCGUCAGACCACCCCCUCGCUCUUCUAAUCCACAUGGAUGAGAUACAGUACUACACCCAGAAGACAGGCUCAUCAGACAUCCAGACGCUUCUCAACCAGAUUGGCUCCCUGAUGCAGAGGAGCACCGAUAUCUUCAUACUCCCUAUCUGCACAGGCACGUCCGACAGAGGCCGCAACCGUAUGAAGACUGGAUAUCACAACGUAUCAAUCGAUCUACAUCCCUUGGACAGACUCUCGUGCACAGGGAUCAUCGAGCAUCACUUCAGGACGGCCGGUGUCUCGCCCACAGACUUCAUCGGCACCUGCUCAUUUGAAGUGGGCCUUGGAGACACUGGCUACAUUCCAAAGGACAUAUCAUACUUCUUGCAAUUCUGCAUCACUACUCCUUAUCAAUUUGGCACCAAUUGCUUCAAAAUGAUCGACUCGCUCAACCGAGGCAACACUCCCGUGGACCCCAGGGACCUCAAGCAAAUAUAUGCCGACGCCUUUAUUGAAAGUCCAUUGAGAAUGGACUCAACAUUGCCAAGUGGCGCCACGGUUGACGAUCUGCGGCUCAAUGGCAUCCUCUACCUGCUUCCAUCGCCAAAGAAAAGAGAUUACUAUCGCCUCUACUUGUCAUUCUAUAAUCUCAAGAGCUUCAACCUAUCCAGCGAAUGCCCUUGGUUCCCCGAUGAUGUACUUAAGAUCCCCUCACGACAUGGCCAAUGGCGUUGGCAACAAUUUGAAACACUAUAUCCCUUCUUCCAACAAUGCCUCAUCCAAUCAUACUCUGGCGACCUCACAGUUCACAAGUUGUUUAGAGGUGCUUAUGGUCUUGACAUUAUUGGCGAAAUGCCCAUCGAAGUUGCCCCUCAAAAGGUGUGUUAUGAAGUUGAGCUGGGAAUGCAGCUCAGACCAAUCAAGACCAAGGAUAACCCUGACAGCAAGGUUGUAAUGGAGAGGGACUUGUUGGACUGCCAAUAUGUGUUCAUCUGCGAUCAGAACGCACCGAACAUUGACCAGAGGUUUGCUGUAAGGCUUGCCGACGGUCGAUACAUGGUAGUCUACACUCAGACCAAGCAUUCCAAACAGGACGUCAAGAACCCAAAGUACUCAUCAAAUGAUAUACUGGAGAACUCCAACCUGGCCUGUGCUGGCAUGAACUCUAUGGCCAGUUCAAAGGGGUGGUCAUCAGAGCAAUGGAUAGGUGUCUUUGUUAUCGUUACCAACAGACAGGUGGACGAAGAGGUCAUCCAACAAUUCGUCAAUCAAAGAGCGAAACCAGGCAAUCCGACCAAGCACAUCCGCGACAACCAUCACCUUCUGGUCAUCUCACGUGGCAACUUUGUUUCAUUCUUUGGCGAGACCUUUGCUCACAGAGGUCUACUGGUGGGAGAGAACCACCAGCCCCCGUCGCCGUCCAGCACCUCCACUCCCGAUGACAUGGAGGCCGACAACUUCUAUUAUUCACAGAAUUAA